AGCACAAGAAACAAAAUAAUAAUAAUACUGCAGGGAGCGCUAAUGCACCAAAUGAUGGAGGCCAACCGCCGUUAAACACAAAAAAGAAGAUAAAGACAUUAAUCUAUUUCUACUUCCGGGUAUCUGUGUCUACUUCCGGGUAUGUGUUUCUACUUCCGGGUACGGAGUGAGUCAAUAUUGUUGUCGUUUCUAACUUUACUUUUCAUUUUUGCACCGGCAAACAUUUGCCAACGUUGCUUUUUUUGCUAUGUAUCACCAACCUGUGUUGAAGAACAGGCGGACACUUUUGGAGAGAGCCGAGAAGUUCAUUUCUGAUGCUUACUUCACAGACUGCAACCUGCGAGGACGGCUGUAUGGAGAAUCUUACCCACUGGAAUCCCUCAGCCAAUUUAUGUCUCCUAAACGGAUAACAUUGAUGGAAGCUCAAACACAGAGUUUUACACCUUACAAUGUAGGCGAUACCUUUGGACCAACGUGGUGGACUUGUUGGUUUAAAGCAACCCUGAACAUUCCAGAAUGCUGGAGAGGUAAGGAGGUUCAUGUUCUGUGGGAAAGUGAUGGAGAGGCGAUGGUUUGGAGGGAUGGACAAGCAGUUCAGGGUUUGACUAAAGAAGGUGAAAAGACGAGUUACAUUUUGUCUGACUGCCUCACAGACAAAGAACCGCACAGUGUUACCAUCUAUGUGGAGAUGGCCUGUAAUGGACUCUUUGGAGCCGGUAACGGGUCAAUGAUCGCACCUCCAGACCCAAACAGGAAGUUUUCUGUGCAAAAAGCAGAGCUUGUGAUCUUCAACCGGGAAGUCAGGGAGCUGAUGACUGAUUUUGAGAUGCUGAUUGACAUUGUCAAGGAACUUGGCGAGGGCGAGCAGCGAAGCUACCAGGCUCUGUUCACCGUCAAUGAGAUGGUGAACGUGAGCGACCCCACUGACCCCAGCUCUUUCUCUGGAGCACGCAGUUUGGCUCAGAAGUUUUUCAGCCAACAUAACGGACAAAGCCAGCACACUGUCCACGCCAUGGGCCACUGCCACAUUGACUCAGCUUGGCUGUGGCCUUAUGAAGAAACUAUUCGUAAGUGUGCCAGGAGUUGGGUGACGGUGAUCCAUCUCAUGAAAAAGAACCCAGAUUUUGUGUUUACAUGUUCUCAGGCCCAGCAGUUUGAGUGGGUUAAGUGCUGGUACCCAGGACUCUUCUCAGAGGUUCAGCAAUACAUUAAGGCUGGCCGGUUCAUUCCAGUCGGAGGGACGUGGGUGGAGAUGGAUGGUAAUCUACCCUCAGGAGAGUCCAUGGUCAGGCAGUUCCUGGAGGGACAGCUUUUUUUUGAGCAAGAGUUUGGGAUGAGGUGUAAAGAAUUCUGGCUUCCAGAUACCUUUGGAUACUCGGCCCAACUCCCUCAGAUAAUGCAGGGCUGCGGAAUUUCCAAUUUCUUAACACAGAAACUAAGUUGGAACCUCGUGAACACCUUCCCUCAUAACACAUUUUUUUGGGAAGGCCUCGACGGCUCCAAGGUCUUGACUCACUUUCCACCUGGCAAUUCCUAUGAAACCAAAGGCAAGGUUGAAGACCUUGUAAAAACUGUAAAGCAAAACAAAGACAAGGGCAGGGCAAACCACAGUGUCAUGUUGUUUGGCUUUGGUGACGGUGGUGGUGGUCCCACGCAGUUGAUGCUGGACAGACUGAAGCGGGUCCAGGACACAGAUGGCCUUCCUAAGAUUCGAAUGUCCUCUCCUGACACGUUUUUCUCUCAGCUUUGGGCUGACUCACAUCUGCUGUGCACUUGGGCAGGGGAGCUGUUCCUGGAGUUGCACAACGGCACGUACACCACACAGGCACAGAUCAAGCGGGGAAACCGCCAGUGUGAGACACUCCUGCAUGACAUUGAGAUAGCCAGCAGCUUGGCACUGUGUCAGGACACAACUUUUCAGUAUCCCGUAGGGAGGCUGAGAGAACUCUGGAGGCUUCUGCUACUAAACCAGUUCCAUGAUGUAAUCCCAGGCAGCUGUAUAGAGAUGGUUGUAGAGGAUGCACUGAGAUAUUAUGAAGAUAUUCGUAGGAGAGGAGCCGCACUCCUGCAAGAUAGCCUUAGUGCUCUGGUGUCAAAGGGCGAUGCCACAGGUGUCUUCAACUCUCUGUCCUGGGAGCGCUUUGAAGUUAUUCAGAUUCAAGAUGGCCCCAGCAAUGAGUUGGCUCUGGUGCAAGUUCCCAGUAUUGGUGUGAAUUUAAUUCAAGAAACAAAGCCUGCGACUCCAGUUUGUGUUACUGUUCAGGAGGACGGCAGUGUCCUCAUGGAAAACGGCAUCAUACGUACUGUUGUGAAGAAAGAUGGCACAAUGGCAUCACUGCAUUUGAUCUCUGCAAACAGGGAAGCCCUUUCGGUUGGCUGCUGUGGUAACCAGUUUGUCAUGUUUGAUGACGUACCUAUGUACUGGGAUGCAUGGGAUGUCAUGGACUACCAUCUUCAGACAAGGAGGCCUGUGGUGGAAGUGGUGCAGCCUGCUCAUGUGCUCUCUUCGCAUGAACUCAGAGGAAGUGUCAGCUUCACGCUGAGGAUCAGCGACAAAAGUACAGUCACACAGGAGAUUGUGAUGGACGCCAUGUGUCCUUACAUUAAGUUCAACACGCAGGUGAACUGGGCCGAGUCACACAAGUUUCUUAAGGUUGAAUUCCCAGUGCGAGUGCACAGUCCCAACGCAACGUAUGAGAUUCAGUUUGGUCAUCUGCAGAGACCUACACACAGGAACACAUCGUGGGACUGGGCCAGGUUUGAAGUGUGGGGUCAUAAAUGGGCCGAUUUGUCAGAGCACAAUUUUGGAGUGGCACUGCUCAAUGACUGCAAGUACGGGUAUUCGGUCUUCAAGAACACAAUGACGCUCUCGCUGUUGAGGGCACCAAAGGCUCCAGAUGCCAACGCUGAUAUGGGAUGUCACCACUUCACCUAUGCCAUCAUGCCACACGCAGGGACCUUCCAAGAUGCCGCAGUCAUCCAGUGUGCGUACAACCUCAAUUUCCCUUUAAGGUUAACCCCGUGUUCCUCUGACUUGGCGCUCUGGAGCGCCUUUUCCAUCAGCCCUGCAGCCGUCAUCCUAGAGACUGUUAAACAGGCGGAAGGCAGGAAGGGAGCCCUCGUUGUCAGAAUGUACGAGGCUUACGGCGGAGGUGUGACCGCAACCCUCCACACGACUCUUCCAAUCAGGGAGGCCUGGCAUUGUGAUCUUUUAGAGCAAACAGACACGACUCAGCCAGCAUGUGUGACUGCAGAUGGGAUCAUUCUCCACUUCACUCCAUUCCAAGUUAGAUCGCUGCUGCUUAUAUUUGAAACAGCAAGUCAUCAGGUAAAGAGUGGAACCUCUUAAGGUAUUUUUUAGGGAAGGUUUGCCUUAAGUUGCACAAAUUGUCCUCAAGUGACAUAAUUUAAUUUAAAUGUACAUGUGGGUUUUUUUUUGUGAUGUCACAAUAGAAGAAUACUGAUAACACACGUCGGUGUGUAGUAGUAGUUUUUAGUGUCUUAUGCAAAUUAGCCAUGUUAGUCAUUGUAGGAGCAAGAUCAUGUGUGUAUGUCACGUGGUGUUUGUGGAUGUGUACACGAGGAACAGAAGCAUGUGUCACGUGACAUAGGUGGCCGUCACCAUAAAGAAGCUUUUUUUUUUUUACCUGUACUCAAGAGGGAGAGAGGAAAGAGUGGAGCUCGGUAGCCAUCAUUUCUGUUCACUGCUUGAUUAGAGGCUUUGUCAAGCUUACCGUAUUUUUCAGAGUAUAAGUCGCUCCAGAGUAUAAGUCGCACCGGCCGAAAAUGCAUAACAAAGAAGGAAAAAAAAACAUAUAUAAGUCACAUUUUUUGGGGAAAUGUAUUUGAUAAAAGCCAACACCAAGAAUAGACAUUUGAAAGGCAAUUUAAAAUAAAUAAAGAAUAGUGAACAACAGGCUGAAUAAGUGUACGUUAUAUGAGGCAUAAAUAACCAACUGAGAACGUGCCUGGUAUGUUAACGUAACGUAUUAUGGUAAGAGUCAUUCAAAUAACUAUAACAUAUAGAACAUGCUAUACAUUUACCAAACAAUCUGUCACUCCGAAUCGCUAAAUCCCAUGAAAUCUUAUACGUCUAGUCCAGGGGUCGCCAACCUUUACCACUCAAAGAGCCAUUUUGACCAGUUUCACAAAUUAAAGAUAACAAUGGGAGCCACAAAAGUCUUUUGAAAUUUAAAAUGAAAUAACACUGCAUACAAAGGUUUUUUUUUGCUUUAUGCUAUGUAUAAACCAGGGGUUUCAAACAUGCAGCCCGCAUCUUAAUAUGAAAAUGUAAUGUUAGUGCGGACCACGAGUUUUAUAUGAAUGGCGCUUGACAGCGUCAUACUUGCCAACCCUCCCGAUUUUACCGGGAGAUCCCCGAAAUUUAAGUCCACUUUACUCUCGAAUGUCUGCUGAUUAUCACCCAAACAACAAUAAUAACA